AUGCUAAACAGUGAAGAAAUCAGGCGCCGAAAAGUGGCUAAAAAGACAACUCAAUUGAAUCUAUUCUUAUUAGGUCGUUCAGGCGCAGGAAAGACAACUUUUUUACGUAAUUUAGUAAGUAAUAGUAAUAACAUUAAUAACAGCACGACUUCAAAUAAUAUCAAUACUCCUGUCGACAAUGAGUUUUCGACAAAUGAAAAGAACGAAAUUGACCCUUCAUAUACUCAUUUGGAACAACCACUAAAUUUUCAAAUGGAAUCCAUAUAUUUAAGUACUUCUCCCGAUGUUUCACCCAUUUCGUUGAAUAUUACCAAAACUGAUAUAAUGAAUCAAUUGAAUAAUAGCAAUACUCCUAAGAGAAUUAAAGUUUUCAUUCAAGAGAAAUUCGAUUUAUAUCUAGAAAAUGAAAUCAAAAUUCAAAGAAAUGAAAGUUUCAAAUUUGGGUUGAACGACUCCAGAAUUCACGUAUGUUUAUAUUUUGUCGACAAGGAACUUGGUGAACUGGAUAUCGAUAUCCUCAAAGAAAUUCACCAUCUGGUCAAUUUGUUUGUCGUAAUCAAUAAAGCUGACAGAUUCAAUGAUUCAGAAUUAAAAUAUUUAAAAUCGAAGAUCAAACAAGAUUUGGAAAAACACAACAUCAAUAUGUUUAAAUUCAACGAAGAUGAGUAUUCAAAUGAUUUAAUCAAUCCAGGUAAUGAUAAGUCCGCCGAGAACCCCCCUAUUGAAGACCUUUUGCCAUUUUCUAUUAUAUGUGGUGAUAACUGUGAUGAAAAAUCUAACAAACUUGUCCGAAAUUAUGGUUGGGGAGCAGUUGAUAUUGAGGACUAUCGAUAUUCUGAUUUUAUUAUUUUGAAGACUAUCUUAUUAGAGAGUCAUUUACAAGACUUGAAAGAUAUUACGAAUGAAGUACUAUAUGAGGAGUAUCGUACAAGAAAAUUACUGAAAAAACAAUCUGAAAACACGCCAAACCCUGCUAAGAAACUCCCCAUUUCUGAACAAGCUGCAAUUUCUGAUGUUCUGGAUACAUUUAAAGAAAAUAAACCAAAACAUCACUUAAAUGAAACGAACAAUUGUAAUGAAGUCACUGACGAUGAAGUUUUUUAUAGAGAAUUGAAGGAAAAGAACAAAAUAAUUGAAGCAUAUCAGAAGAAGAUAGGUGAUUUAGAAAAAAUGAUACAAAACACUUCACAGGACUCUUCUCCAACGACAAAAGUCAGUAUAUUACAAUAG